UUCUCUCUGAGUUUCCCAGCAUUUUGUGUGUUGCUAAAGAUGGCUGGCCCUAGGAAACUGCCCUGAAGAAUUUCUGCAUUGAUAUCCUGGGACUGAGAUAACUGAUCUCAACCACAGCAUCCUCCUUAAUAUAAGGCUCACUUUAUAAGUCAGGAACAGAAGCAUUAUCAAGACUGCAAAAAGAUCGUCAACAUGUUGCUGUCAAACCGGGAUAGUUUGGGUUGGUACCAGAGAUAUUUAUUAGGGAUAAAAUCCCACCAGGACAUGAAGAUUAUUGAAAUACAGAAAUGUGAAGAUAUUCUCUUCACAAUACUUGACAGAGUUCAUCAACAAGACAGCAGGUUCCAGGUAGACUAUUCCAGGGAGCUUGCCUGCUUUGAAUACACUCUUAGGACAGACUUUGAUGAAUUAGACAUGGAGGUGCCUCUGAGAUUCAAUGAUUCGUCCUUGAGAAUUGAAGAGAGCUGCGACACCCCCUAUUCUGUGGAUGGAAUCAUUCAUCAGACCCAUACAAGAAAGGGGUCAGUUUACCUGGCUGUACCAAAGGAAAGUGAAAGCAACUGGCUUGGAAGUGACAUAUUCUACCAGUUUUCUAAAUCAUCCCAGUACAGUGGGCAUAUUCUUCCAGGAAAAGUCAUAAGUAUCUUGAAAGAACUUCUUAAAGGAGCCAUUGUUUACUGUGAGCAGAACCUAUUUCUUAAACCAGGAGAUCUGGAUGCUUCUUUGUUAAAUAUUGAUGGUCCCCGGAUAACUCUGCUUCUAAGAAACUUAAUAAAGCCCUUGCGAGUUAAUAUCAUUCCAAUAGUUCGGAGAGCCGUGGAGACAUUUUUGGGGAAUGGAAACCAGCUUGAGAAAAUCUUUCCAGAGUCACUUAGUCGGGCAACACUCGCGAACAUUGACAUCAGCAAUGCAACUUACUAUCACUGGAGGUUUUGUUUUGAGCGACCAAUGAAGAAGUUGCUUGAGAAAGCAGAUGACGACGGAGGGCAUCGUCUUGAAAGCCUGUGUCUUCUGGACAGAAUUAAGUCCGAUCAUUGGUUUCCAGAGAAAUUCAAGAGAGGACUCACGUUUAAACAGCUUCAGAUGGUGCUACUCUGGGCCAUGAAGUUUUUUCCAUCGUCAAAAGAUUGGGUUGACCUGGAAUCUUCUGUUUAUCGGAUGUUGGUGGUGUUGUUACGGUGCCUUGUGCUCAGGAAACUCCCCAAUUACUUCAUACCUGAGAUCGACGUUUUCUAUGAAGAGUAUCAGCCACAGCUUGAUUUUGACACCAUCUAUAAGAAGGUAGAGGAGUUUGCUGGCUUCCCUGAGAAAAGCCUCCAGAUACAUUUGACCCACCUCCUCCCCGUGCAGCACUGGCAUGUCGACAGUUAUGUUAAAAAGUUGCUGCAAAUCCAGGACACUGAAGGUCUUUACUGGGACACAGCUUACUUUGACAUUAUUCUGAACAAGUUUCAGGUUUACCAUGUCCAGGAUCCUGACAGAAUUGGAGCCAUGCAACUUGUCUGGUCCAAAACUACCAAACUGGUGAAUGAUUCAUCAUAGCCACGAUCGACCUUCGUCAGCCAGGAACAAAGUUCAUCACGACCCAAGAAGGUGGUUCAAUUUAACUGAUUACAGAAGGCCACAUGUCUGCAUAUUUUACAGAUCAGAUUAAAAACAAGGCACAUUACUACAGUCUGCACCACUUACCCACAGCCAUAGUUACAACAGAAUGCACCCCACGUGGAACAUACCACAUUCCUAUGGCCACUCCUACUAUACAAUGAAUCACAAAAGCUCUUAAAACAAUGCUUACUAUAUUUGAACAAAUGAUUAAAGAUAUCAAGAGGUAUGAUGACUGUUCAUCCAAUCCCUGUUCCUUCACUACAUAGUUUAUACUCAUGCUGAUAAAUCCAAACUCUGUAGUUAUGUCCAGCCUUUGAAAAGCAUACUGCAAAUUCUUUGUAUAAUGGCCUGGCUUGUACAUGUGAAAUUUGACAUCGAUCAGUUUGAGUAUCUACACUCAGUUUAUAAAACGCCCAAGAGUACCUUAAACAAAUCCAUGACUUGCAUUGUUGAGGAACAGAGAAGUACGUAUUUGCCAAAUGGGUUCCUCUAAAAAAAUGUCCCUUCAUCCUAAACCAUGGUUCCCCAUCUAGCAUAGUGGACAGAGCUCUUAAUCACAUUCCAUCUAUUCCCCACAAUUCUGCCUUUACCCUCUCUCCUCCUGGACCGAGUAACGACCUGCCACUAAUUCCGCCUCCGCAUUCAACAGUUCAUCCUUCACCAUUUUCCCCAGCCUCACACCAUCACCAGAGUUCCAAAGGAACAGUUUCCCUUGCAAAACCUCAAUCAUCUUCUUCUUACCCACCACUUUCUAGUGUUAUGUUGCAGGGGAUGCGAGAUAUCAAUCCUUUCCCCUCUUUCCUUCCCAUCAUUAAGGGGCCAGGCAGGCUUUCUGAGUGAAGCAGUGGUUCACUUGCAUUUAUUUUAUCCGGUGCACUGCAUUCCAUGUUCUUAAUGGGGUCCCUGCGUCACAGACUGGGCCAUCAGUUUGUGGAACAGAUGCAUUCAAUUCCCAGGAGUGACACUGUUUGUGUCCCUGCCAUUUUAAUCCUCCGCCCUAUUCUCACUCUAACCUGUCUAUAGCCUCCUAUACUGUUAAAACAAACUUGAGGGAAAACUGGUUUAUCAUCUAGUCAUAUUGCAGACUGCGGGACUCAGUAUCCAAUUCUCCACCUUCAGGUAGCUCAUAUUCUCUGCCUGUAUCAGGAUUGGCCAUUUCUGCUCUAAGCCAUACACCUGUGAUAUUGGCUCAGUCUCUUUCUCUCUUCACUGGCACGGCUUGACUUGUUGGACAUCAAUAACAGUCCUCAUCUAUCCAUGUUACUUGGCCUCAUCCUAUCGCAGAUAUUCCUUGUGACCUAUCCAUUGCUUUCCCACCUCCUCUGUAUUUUUUUCUUUCCCAGUGCUGAUGAAGCGUCUUUGACCUGAAAUAUUAAAUCUCUUUCUCUUAGGUGCUGCCGGAUCUGUUGUUUCUAGCAAUCUUAUUUUGGUAUUUGUUUUGUAUUUCUAGUAUUUAUAGCUUUUUUUAUUUGAAGUUUUUGGACCUGCUUUGUAUGUAACUGUACAAGAAUUGACAUUCAGGGGAAAGGUAACUAUUGCCAGGCAGGCUUAAGUUAUUUCUCUUCUCUGUAGUUACUGUACAUAUACAGGUGCCGUCGCCGUGAAACAUAAACUAUCUGGUACCUCUUUUGUGUAUAUUGUACAUAUGUAUGUAAGAACUGUCUUCCGUCCUGUUGCACAUCAUGAUGAUAGAAUGAAACGUUUCCUUUAAGCUGAUUACACUGUAUAUAUUGAGAAGCCAUCCCUAUGACUCUCACAAUCUGUAUGGCAUCAGGUAGAAAUAAACUGUUCCUUGUUAUUUUUUAUGUCUUAUGUAUUAUUGUGUCCUAAAUGUAAUGAUUAAAGCUUCAUUGCUUUGAUCCUUGGAAUCACACAAGGAGAGCUGUGAGAAUGAGGAGAGCUGCUCCAGUUUGGAAUCUGUUGGCUGAAGUUUGGUGCGCAUUAUUAAACUUAUUGAUGAUUAGAUGGAACAUCGAUCUCAUUCCUUGCAGUAUUAACACCUUCAAUGUUCUUGGAUGAUUAGCAGUUAGUCUAUGGUUAGAAAUGACAAGAUUGAGCCCUGCAUGUAACU